AUGGCCGAAGGCUCUGUCAGGAUUCCACGUGUCCCCUCUGAAGGGCAGGAGGGGAGGCUGAGGAGGCCGAUCCUCAACAGGCAAGAGCUGGACCAGUGGGUGGAGGAGCUGCAGAGGAAGAUGGCGAGUGACGAGAUGAGGAACGAGCUGCGGCGACUGAGAGACUCUGUGGACAGAAGAUUUGAGAUGUGGGCAAGACAGCGGGACAGGCAUAUCUAUCAGGAUGCACAGGAGAUAAAGCAGAAAGAGAUAGAGAGACAAGGUGCCCAGCUGAAAGGACUGGAGGAGAGAGUGAUGGAAGUGGAGAAACGGAGAAAGAGAGAAGAAGCCAUGGCAACGCUGAGAGAGCAGGAGAGAGUGAUGAACGAGAUCAAGAGAAAAGCAGCGGAGGAAGAGAGACAUCUAAGAGAGAUGGAAGAGAAUGUGAGGGAGCAGGAGAGACUCUUGAGAAGGAAAACGAUGGAGGAAGAGAGGGCGAUAAGGGAGAUGGAGGGAAAAGCAAGAGAGCAGGAGAGAGUGUUGAGAAAAAAAGUGAAGGAGAAAGAAAGACAGAUGAGGGCGAUGAUGGAGACAGUGAGAGAGAGGGAGAGAAUGUUGAGAGAAGAAGCGAAGGAGAAAGAAAGACACAUAAGAGACAUGGAAGAAAAAGUGAGCGAGUGUGAGAGAACGUUGAGAGACCAUGUGAAGGAGGAGGAAAUAUGGAUACGAGAGGUGGAAGAGAAAGCGAAGGAUCAAGAGAGAAUGUUGAGAGAAAAAACAAAGGAGGAAGAGAGACGAGUGAGGGAGAUGGCAGAGGAAGUGAGAGAGAAAGAGAGAAAUCUAAGAGAGAUUAACAACAUUGUGAAAGAUAACGAAAGAAAAAUGAGAGAGAUUGUGGAAGAAAUGAGAAAAGAGAGAGAAGAAGAAGAAUUGGAGAAAGCUGGAGAAGAUGAAACAGAGCAGGAAAGAGUGAUGGAGAAUAUGGAGAAAAAAGCCACAGAGGAGGAAAGACUGAAGAGAGAGAUGAUACAAGCAGAAGAAAAAAGAGAAGAAGAAAUGGCACACCUGAGAGAGAAGGUAAUGAGGAAAGAGAUGGAAAUAAAGAAAGAGGAUGAACAGAUGAGAACGAUGGAAGAGAGAGAGAAAGAGCAGCAGAGAAUGCUGAGAGAAGCAGAGAAAAAAGCGAAGGAGGACAAACGACAAAUGAAAGAGAUGGAAGCAAAAGUGAGAGAGCAGGAGAGAAUGUUGAGAGAAACAUUGAAGGAGGAAGAAGGACAGACGAGGGAGAUGAUGGAGAACGCAAGAGAGCAGGAGAGAAUGCAGCUAGAGAUGGAGAGACAAGCAAAGGAGGAAGAAAGAAUGAUACGAGAGAUGGAAGAAGAAGCAGUAGAACGGAAGAGAAAACUUAAGGAGUCGGAGAAUAAAGCAAAGGAGGAAAAAAAACAAAUGAAGGACAUGAUAGAGAAAGCGAGAGAGCAGGAGAGAAUGAUGGAGAAAAAAGUCAAGGAGGAAGAAAGAAUGAUGCGAGAGAUGGAAGAAGAAGCAAUAGAACGGAAGAGAAAACUGAGAGACUUGGAGAAUAAAGCAGAGGAGGAAGAAAAACGAAUGAAGGACAUGGUAGAGAAAACGAGAGAGCAGGAGAGAAUUUUGAGAGAAGCAGAGAAAAAAGCAAUUGAGGACGAACGACAAAUGAAAGAGAUGGAAGCAAAAGUGAGAGAGCAGGACAGAAUGUUGAGAGAAAAAUUGAAGGAGAAAGAGAAACAGACGAGGGAGAUGAUGGAGAAAGCAAGAGAGCAGGAGAGAAUGCAGCUAGAGAUGGAGAGACAAGCAAAGGAGGAAGAAAAACGAAUGAAGGACAUGAUAGAGAAAGCGAGGGAACAGGAGAGAAUUUUGAGAGAAGCAGAGAAAAAAGCAAUGGAGGAGGAGCAAAAAAGGAGAGAGAUGGAAGGAAAAGUGAGAGAGCAGCACAGAAUGUUGAGAGAAAAAUUGAAGGAGGAAGAAGGACAGAUGAGGGAGAUGAUGGAGAAAGCAAGAGAGCAGGAGAGAAUGCAGCUAGAGAUGGAGAGACAAGCAAAGGAGGAAGAAAGAAUGAUACGAGAGAUGGAAGAAGAAGCAGUAGAACGGAAGAGAAAACUUAAGGAGUUGGAGAAUAAAGCAGAGGAGGAAGAAAAACGAAUGAAGGACAUGAUAGAGAAAGAGAAGGAGCAGGAGAGAAUGCAGCUAGAGAUGGAGAAAAAAGUCAAGGAGGAGGAACGAAAACAGAGAGAGAUGGAAGAGGAAAUGAGAAAAGAGAAAGAACUGGAAGAAUUCAAAGCCAAAGCUAAAGAAAUGGCAAGACUGAAAGAGCAGGAAAGAGUGAUGGAGGAGAUGAGGAGAACAGCUAAAGAGGAAGAAAGACUGAUAAAAGAGAGGGAAGAAGAAGUGAGAGAGCAACAGAAAAUAAUGAAUGAGAUGAAGGCAAAAGCUGAGGAUGAAGAAAGAAAAAAGAAAAGGAUGGAAGAGGAGGAACUGAGAAAAGAGAGAGAGAGGGAGGAAUUCAGGAAAGUGGCUGAAGAGAUGGCCCAGAAGUGGUCUGAGGACGACGACACAGAGAGUGACACGGACUCAGACGAUCCAUGGAUGGACGAGGAGGAGAAGGAGAUGAUCUUGGAGGCACGCAGGAGACGGGCACAAAUAGCAGACGAGAGAAAGAAGGGAGAAAUUCAAGAGUAAGAAAAUGAAGAAGGGAUGAAGAGAAGGGGUAAAGAAGAAAGAAAAAUGAUGGAUAGUGAGAAAAUUAAAAAAGAAGAAAUCAGCUAA